UCGGCGAAUAAAGUGUAAUAGACAAAAUACAUUAUAUGACAUUCACCAUUGAUUUAACGUGGUUUUUUCUACUUUACUUUUGGACGCUGUUAUUGAAUUAGUUUUCAUUCCAUAAAUACUAUUGAAAAUCAUGGCGGAUGUUGAUGAUUUGUUUGACUGUUUCAAUGAGGACAAUGAAGAAAGUGUAAAUAUCAACCCAGUGGUAGAAUUAGACAAAGCGGAAGCAGACAGUUCAACUGAGAAAGGGAAAGCUGACAUCGGUGAAAAACGAGGAAUCGCUUCAGUUAAAGAAUCAAAAGAAGAUGUAGAGAUUCCACAAAAAAGGCUGAAAGAAACUGAAUCGAUAUUGGACGAUAUUUGCGUGGACGCAUUACGUUCCCGUAUUGCUGUUCACGUUAUCGAAAGUCCGGAGUCGUGCACACAUGAAGUAGCAGUAUAUCCAGGUCAAGAAUAUAUUCCCUUACAAUCUAUCACAGGACCACCAGCAAAAGAGUACCCAUUUGUAUUGGAUCCUUUUCAAAAAGAAGCAAUCUUGUGCAUUGACAAUCAACAGAGUGUUUUAGUAUCAGCUCACACAUCGGCAGGAAAGACCGUGGUAGCCGAAUAUGCUAUUGCGAAAUCGUUAGGCUGCAAACAGCGAGUAAUUUAUACCACACCCAUUAAGGCGCUAUCUAAUCAAAAGUAUCGAGAAUUCAAUGAAGAAUUCAAAGAUGUUGGACUAGUUACCGGUGAUGUGACGAUAAAUCCAUCGGCGUCUUGUCUUAUCAUGACCACAGAAAUUUUGCGGAAUAUGUUGUACAGAGGAAGUGAAAUUAUGCGUGAGGUUGGUUGGGUCGUAUUCGACGAAAUUCAUUAUAUGCGAGACAAAGAGCGAGGUGUUGUAUGGGAAGAGACAUUAAUAUUAUUGCCCGAUAAUGUGCGCUAUGUAUUUCUUUCCGCCACAAUUCCCAAUGCCCGCCAAUUUGCAGAAUGGGUUUGUCACCUCCACAAGCAACCGUGUCAUGUAGUUUAUACAGAUUACCGACCCACCCCGCUACAACAUUAUAUAUUCCCUGCUGGUGGCGAUGGCAUACAUCUUAUAGUCGAUGAAAAAGGACAAUUUAAGGAAGAUAAUUUUACAACAGCAAUGGCCGUUUUACAAAACGCUGGUGAAGCAGCUAAAGGCGACCAAAAAGGGCGUAAAACUGGUAUUAGAGGCGUUGACAGUGGCCAGUCAAAUAUUUUUAAAAUAGUCAAAAUGAUAAUGGAACGUAACUUUGCACCAGUAAUAAUUUUUUCAUUUAGUAAAAAAGAUUGCGAGGUGUACGCUAUGCAGAUGGCAAAGUUAGAUUUCAAUACUGCUGAAGAGAAAAGACUAGUUGAUGAAGUAUUCAACAAUGCUAUGGAUGUACUCUCUGAAGAGGAUCGUCAACUACCACAGGUGGAGAAUGUAUUACCGUUGUUGAAACGGGGCAUUGGUAUACAUCAUGGUGGUCUCUUGCCUAUUCUCAAAGAAAUUAUUGAAAUUUUGUUUGGUGAAGGCUUACUUAAAGCGCUUUUUGCGACUGAAACAUUUGCUAUGGGCUUAAACAUGCCUGCUCGGACUGUACUUUUCACAGCACCGCGCAAAUUCGAUGGAAAAAACUUUAGGUGGAUUUCUUCAGGAGAAUAUAUACAAAUGGCCGGUAGAGCUGGUCGUCGUGGUCUGGACGAUAAAGGUAUUGUUAUCUUAAUGAUUGACGAGAAAGUCUCACCAUCAAUUGGUCGUGGCAUUGUGCAAGGAAAAGCGGAUCCCAUAAAUUCAGCAUUUCAUUUAACUUACAAUAUGGUGCUGAAUUUGCUGCGUGUCGAAGAAAUUAAUCCUGAAUAUAUGUUGGAGCGUUCAUUCUUUCAGUUCCAGAAUCAAUCCUCAAUACCCGAACUGUAUAAGCAAGUUCAGGAUAAGCAAUCUGAGUUAGAAAAGAUUAAAAUUAAAGAAGAGCAUAGUGUUGCAUCGUACCAUCAUAUACGUGAACAACUCGAUUCUUAUGGCAAACAAUUCAAGCGCUGGAUUACGAAACCUGAAUAUCUUUUGCCAUUUUUGCAGCCUGGUCGUCUUAUAAAAGUUCAAAACGAUAAAGAAGAAUUUGAUUGGGGUAUAGUUGUAAAUUUUAAAAAGCAAACAAAUAAUGCACGAAAUCCCAUGAAAGCCGAGACAGUUAUCGUAGUCGAUGUCUUACUACACGUUACCGAGGAAUCAGCGAAAGCAGAUGAACCUAAACCAUGCAAACCUGGCCAGAAGGGGAAUAUGGAAGUUGUUCCUGUGCUUCACACUCUUAUAUCACAAAUCUCUUCUCUCCGCGUAUAUUAUCCAAAUGAUCUGCGACCGGCUGAUAAUCGGCGUAGUGUCUUGAAAACUAUCGCUGAAGUGAAAAAACGUUUUCCUAAAGGACCACCCCUCCUUAAUCCUGUUACCGAAAUGAAUAUAAAAAGUGCUGAAUUCAAACAGGUUGUCGAAUCUAUCGAUAAAUUCGAAGAAAGACUGUUCGCACAUCCGUUGCAUAACUCUCCUGAACUGAACAAAAUUUAUGAACGCUACACCCAAAAAAUAAAAGUACAAGAAGAACUUAAAGAGGUAAAAACAAAAUUGAAAGAGGCGCGCAGUUUGUUACAGAUGGACGAGCUGAAACACCGAAAGCGUGUAUUGCGUCGUAUGGAAUAUUGUACAGCGGCUGAUGUGAUUGAGUUUAAAGGACGUGUUGCUUGCGAGUUAAGCUCUGCAGAUGAACUGCUAAUAACAGAAAUGAUAUUCAAUGGAAUUUUUAAUGAUAUUACAACACCACAGGCAGUGGCACUACUGUCCUGUUUCGUUUGCGAUGAAAAGUCGUCAGAAACCCCUAAGGCGACGGAAGAGCUGUCGGGUCCACUACGAUCAAUGCAGGAUCUGGCUCGACGUAUUGCCAAAAUUUCAACUGAAUGCAAAUUAACUAUAGACGAGGAGAGUUACGUGGAAAAAUUCAAACCAUUUCUUAUGGAUGUAGUGUUGGCUUGGUGUAAAGGUGCCUCGUUUCUGAGUGUCUGCAGAAUGACAGAUAUUUUCGAAGGUUCAAUAAUUCGCUGUAUGCGUCGUUUAGAAGAAUUGCUGAGGCAGUUGUGUCAAGCAGCCAAAACAAUUGGUAACACAGAAUUGGAAAACAAAUUCUCCGAAGGUGUAAGACUCCUAAAAAGGGAUAUUGUUUUUGCGGCUUCUUUAUAUUUGUAAAUAUCAUAUGUAUGUAUUUUUAAUGUUAAUUUAAUUUUUCAAAUAAUGACUUGCAACAAGUUGGCAAACGGGAAAUUAAGAGCACCCGCACUUUUGAGGUUAAAAUUGGGUUGACAACGUAUAGGAAGGCACCCGCUUACUAACAGUGGCACUCGCCAAGUGCAAACCCUCGUAAUUUUUAAGUGAUUUAUUGUUAAAAUUGUAAAAUUCAGCGGGUGCCUCCUCCACUUCAUAAAUACAACGGGAUAUGCCACAUACACUAUUAUUAUGUCUAACUCGUUUUUGGGUUAGUAGCCUUCGGUCAAACUUCAUCGGACCAAAUCUGGCGACGAAAUCCACGUCAUUUUCGCGUAGAACUCUUUUUGCGUAUAAACAAUGGUUAUAUACAAAUUGUGUUUUCAUAGCGAAAAUUACUCAGAUAUUGCGACGUUUCCCAUGCCCACAUAUCCAGUCUUUUGAUAUUUACUGAUAACAUAGUGACGUUUUGCAGUGCCAGCAAUUUCUGUCAAACUUUUAUUUCUGGAAGUAUUUGCCUUGGAACGCUUAUACAAAAUUUGAUACACAAUAUUUUCUUUAAAAUAAACUUGGCAAGCUUAAAAUGUAAA